AUGUCAGAACAGAAGGGAAAAAAUGUUAAAGCAGUCGAUCCUACAAAAUCAUUUAUUGCAGGUGCUUUGGCAGGUGCAGUUGAGGCAUCCAUCACAUACCCCUUUGAGUUUGCCAAGACAAGACUACAACUACAAGAUAAAUCAAUUCAUUCGACUAAAAACCCAAUCAAACUUAUAUAUCAGACGGCUCGUUCUCAAGGAAUUGGUUCAAUUUAUGUUGGUUGUCCUGCUUUUAUUGUCGGCAAUACUGCAAAAGCUGGAAUUAGAUUCCUAGGGUUUGAUGCAAUUAAAAACAUAUUAAAAGAUGAAAAAACUGGAGAAUUGAGUGGUAUACGAGGUGUUUUAGCAGGUUUUGGUGCCGGGUUAUUAGAAAGUGUGAUAGCGGUGACACCAUUUGAAGCGAUUAAAACGGUGUUAAUUGACGAUAAAAGACAAAGUAUACCAAAAUAUCAGCAGAAUGGCCGUGGAAUGUUAAGCAACUACUGGAGCUUAGUUAAAGAUCAAGGUUUUACUGGGAUUUACGGCGCUGUUAUUCCGGUGUCGAUGCGUCAAGCGGCUAACCAAGCAGUCCGUCUUGGUUGUUAUAGUAAAAUUAAGAAUGCUGUUCAAUCAUACAGUGACACCCCUCGUGAUCAACCGCUAUCGACGGGAUUAACAUUUAUUAUUGGAAGUUUCAGUGGUAUUGUGACUGUGUACACAACGAUGCCAAUCGAUACUGUCAAAACAAGAAUGCAAAGUCUUGACUCCAACCGUUAUAAGUCUACUGUAGAUUGUUUUGUCAAAGUGUUUCGCGAAGAAGGUUUGAAGACCUUUUGGAAAGGUGCCACUCCAAGAUUGGGCAGGUUAGUACUGAGCGGUGGAAUUGUAUUUACAAUCUAUGAGAAAGUGAUGGUGGUUUUAGGAUAA